AUGCGCUUUAAUAUUGGACUCCUUUAUUACCCAAUGGUUCCAUCAUAUGAUACUCCCUCAACUGCCAUCACUAUAUCGACCUCCAAAUCCUGGGCUUGGCUUCAUCGCUUAUCUCUUUGUCUUCGUAUCCUGGGUGCUUUCGUAAAUCGCCACCCUCUGCCGCGUUUUGUCCUUGAUAGUCUAAAAGCACAGUAUCCGAACCAUUUGGUUGCUUGUCAUCGAUUGAUGGUGCCGUCAACUAGCAGUCCUGAGGUCGAUUAUGCUAACCCUGAUAUCUUUGGGCCCAUUGAAGAUGCUCAGUUGGUUGAAUGGGUCAGAGAACGACCAGAGGACUGGGAGAGCUGCUGGCCUUUUGGCAAGAACCAGAUAUGGGCCUGGGGUCACAAUCACCGGGGUCAGCUAGGCGGCGUAGGUGGUGUUAAAGUGAAGACGCCCACUAAUGUAGAGAGACUUGGAGAAUUGCAGCCACUUCAGGUUAUUGGAGGAGAACAAAGCCUCUUUGUUGUUACAAAUGAUGGAGAAGUCUACGCUUCAGGUUCGUAUACAGCACUGGACAGUAUUUCAUAA